CUGACAUUGUCAGUGAUGUGUGCCACUGCUUUUCAGUAGCUCAGCUGAACUGAUCUCACCAUGUUUAUCCACUGUAAACUGGUAAUACUGAUACUCGUGCUGACUCUUGAUGGCCAAGUUCAUACAGGGGAAAUCUAUGGGGGUCAUGAGGCAGUGCCACAUAGCAGGCCAUACAUGGUGCUUUUGGUGCGAACCAUGCCGGAUGGUACUACAAGACACUGUGGUGGCUUCCUUCUGAAUGAGGAUUUUGUGAUGACUGCAGCCCACUGCCAAAACGGGUCCCACAUAGUCCUACUGGGAGUUCACAAUGCCCAUAAGACUAGUGAAGGACAGAGUAUUUCUGUUGAACAAACUUUUCCACGUAAAGACUUCAACAAAACUGAUUUUAAAAAUGACAUAAUGCUUCUUAAGCUGAGCUCCAAGGCAAAAUUCAGCAAAAGUGUGAGACCCAUUGCUCUCGCAGGCCAAGAUGAUGGCUCGGUCCCAAAAUCCUGUAUAGUCUCCGGCUGGGGAAGUUAUGACAGGAACGACAAACAUAUGUCACAUGUACUCAGGGAGGUCAACGUAACACUCAUUGACAAUGAGAAGUGUCGUAAGGACAACUUGUACUGCUCUGAGGGAGAGACUGGACCAGCUGCGGGAGACUCUGGUGGCCCAUUGGUCUGUGAAGAUGGGAAGGCAUACGGGGUGGUGUCCUCCACCUUCCAUCCAAACUCAGGUGGCCCGCCUAUCCAUUGUUUCGCGAAGAUUCCUGACCAGAGAAUCUGGAUCGAUUUGAUCAUGAAAAAUGCAUGGAAAAAGGUCAAUUACAUGUAAAUAUUGAUUGGUCAAAUCUCAACAUUUGAAUUUACAGUUUAUUUGUAUAGCACUGGGGAGCUGAUAACUGAGACGCUAAUAUGACGACUGAUUCCAUAGCAAUGAGACUGUCAGACCAAAUUCUGGGCUUGCUUGCUUUGCACAGAUUUAAUGAAAAUAUUCUUUACUUUGUUGUUACCAAAUGACACAAAUGGAAAUCUUUGUUAGGUGCUCUGAGCCCAGACUGAAAAUAUUUAAAUGUGAUUUGGUUCAUUUGAGUGUUUUUUCUGCAGCAAAAAGUGUAGAUUUAAUACUGUUUAGAUAGACAUGUAUUGAUUAGAUACAGAUGUCAUCCUGCUCUUAAAUACGAAAUUACAUACAUUACAUAUAUUAUUGCUUUUAGCAUCUUCUUUUUGAUUCAAUCAAAUAAUCACAGGAUCCUCGAAGUUUGUUUUGUACCAUAUUUUUAAACAAUAAACUGUAACUCUCUCA